GUCUGCUUCACUAUUUCAUGCUCUCCUUAUCUGCUUCUCUUUCCACCCAUGGUAAUUGAGGGUGGCUGUAGGCCAGUAAAAGUCCGGAGUGAGAAGGGGGGGGUGGAGAGGAAGAGGGACAGAAACAGAGGAGACAGAGAGCUGCUGGAAAGGGCAGGCUUUCAUUCAGCAGAGAAACAUGUGCACUUCUCCCGAAAUUCAGUUUCUGUAAUCCCAGGGCUGUGAACAGUAUUGAUCACUGGCUCUCAAUGGAUUAACGGGAAUCCGCACAAAGGGCUUGGACACUUACUGGUGCACAAUUGGAACUUGGUACUGCUGCAUAAUGGGUUACAAAGCGACAUCCAUGCAUUGUGUCUUAAGAUGCCUGUGCUUCAUGCUUCUCCAUUUGUUUAGUGCAGCUCAAGAUGAAGACAUAAGAAGUUGUAGGACUGCACCAUGUGAUUUGGUCUUUAUUCUAGAUGGCUCGUGGAGUGUUGAAGAUGUCAGUUUUGAAUUAGUAAAGCGAUGGCUUGUCAACAUAACAACAAGCUUCAACAUUGGACAGAAGUUUACCCAGGUUGGAGUCGUCCAAUACAGCGAUGACCCCGUUUUAGAGAUACCGCUGGGGAAGUACUCCUCUAACAAAGAGCUCAUCAAAGCAAUGGAGUCCAUUGAGUACAUGGGGGGAAACACAAGGACCGGCACAGCCAUUAAGUUUGCUACAGAAAAACUGUUUGGUCUGUCUGAGCGUGGCCCAUCAGGCAUUUCCAGAAUUGCUGUUGUCCUCACAGAUGGGAAGUCUCAGGAUGAGGUUUUGAAAGCAGCAGAGGCAGCAAGGAAAAAAGGAGUAAUUCUGUUUGCAAUUGGUGUUGGGUCAGAGACAGAAGAGGCCGAGUUGAGGGACAUUGCAAACAAGCCAUUUUCUACUUAUGUGUUUUCUGUUGAGGACUACAAAGCUAUUUCUAGGAUCAUACAGGUCAUACGACAGAAAUUGUGUGAAGAGACCGUUUGUCCAGCAAGAAUUCCAGUAGAUUCCCGAGAUGAGAAGGGUUUUGAUAUCCUUUUACAUUUAAAUUUGGCUAAAAAAGCAAAGAAGACACAAGGGGCAUAUUACGGCUCUAAGGCCUAUGAAGUGACAUCCCGUCUCGACUUGAGUGAAACUACAUGGACCCUUUUUCCUGAUGGGCUGCCUCCAUCAUAUGUUUUUGUGGCCACAUUGAGGUAUAAAGGAUCAGUGGCAGUAGAGGAGUGGGACUUGUGGAGAGUACAGACACGUGAUGGGAAACCCCAGAUGGCGGUCACUCUAAAUGGAGUCGACCGUACUGUCAUGUUCACCACAACUAGUGAAUCACCAAGUGGAACUCAGACUGUUACAUUUUCACAACAGACUGAAAUGCUGUUUGAUGAGAAAUGGCACCAGUUGCGGCUGCUGGUAACUGAGGAAGAUGUUACUCUUCAUGUUGAUGACCUGGUAAUUGAAACCCUAUCCUUGGAGCCCCCUGUCGGCAUUUUCAUCAAUGGAAAAACCCAAGUUGGAAAAUAUGUCAAUAAGGAAACAACAGUGCCAUUUGAAAUACAGAAGCUUCGCAUUUACUGUGACCCUGAGCAGAACAACCGAGAGACUGCAUGUGAAAUACCCGGAGUUUGCUCAAACAGUCCUGAUUACACUGAACCAACUCAAGAACCCUGUGUUUGUCCUGCUGGACCCCCUGGACUUCCAGGAAUAAAGGGAGAACAAGGAAGUGCUGGCAAACCCGGUCAGCCUGGACCUGCUGGUGCUGAUGGUAAGCCUGGUAUCCCUGGUAUUAGAGGAAGCUCAGGGCUGCCAGGUCCACCAGGAAUAGAGGGUCCACGUGGGCCAGAUGGGUACAAAGGCGAGCAAGGGAGGCCUGGUGUUUCGGGUGAGAGGGGUAUGCCUGGAUUACCAGGAUCGCCUGGACAACCAGGAGAGAAGGGCUCAAUGGGAUCCCCGGGAAUAGCAGGUUUAUCUGGAAAGCCUGGUCAAGUGGGAGAAAAGGGAAGUAUGGGACCUCCUGGGCCACCAGGUUAUCGAGGAGAACCUGGCCUAACUGGGAGAGACGGAAAGGAAGGAUUUCCAGGGACACAUGGUCAAAAGGGAGAAGCUGGGGCCAGUGGGAUUCCCGGUGUCGAUGGAAGAGAAGGCCAUCCUGGUAUGCCUGGAUUGCCGGGAAAUGCAGGCCUGGAUGGGCAAAAGGGGGAAGCUGGUUUGCAAGGACCCAGGGGCUUCAAAGGAACGGAUGGACCACCUGGUGAGAUGGGUUUACCUGGUGCACCUGGUUUAAAAGGAGCAAUUGGACCCAAGGGGAAUAAAGGCGAAGGUGGAAGUCCAGGUAUACAAGGAAUACCAGGGCCUGCGGGGAGUGCAGGAGAACCAGGAAGUGCGGGUCAGCCGGGGCACUCAGGCAUGCCAGGCCUGAAGGGCAGCAAGGGACAAAGAGGAAAUUCAGGAGAGAGAGGAGACACGGGAAUGAAAGGCGAAAAAGGAGAGCAUGGUCGACCGGGGGCACAUGGCUCUGUCGGUCCAAUGGGACUAAAAGGAGAGAAAGGGACAACAGGGGAACCAGGACAGAGAGGUCAAGAAGGUCAAGCGGGACGGCCUGGACAGAUGGGUCAGACAGGGCUAACUGGUCCCAGAGGGCUGACAGGGAACACAGGUCUACCUGGCCCACCUGGACCUGAAGGAAGAUCUGCAAGUGAAAUGUCGGACAAUCACAUUCGGCAAAUCUGCAGAGAGAUUCUUCAGUCGGAGCUGCCGUUACUGAUGCUGGGCAACCAGCAGACUAGCUGUACCAGAUGUCAAAGUCGGCCUGGAUCUCCUGGUCCUCCAGGUCCACCUGGGUCCCAGGGACUCAGGGGUCUUCCUGGACUUAGCGGCUCCAGGGGACAGCCAGGCCUCCCUGGUCGGCCAGGGCACCCUGGUGUUGAUGGACUGAAAGGAGAACCAGGUUUAGAUGGUGAGAAGGGGAGUCCUGGUCGAACUGCCACUGGAGACCAAGGCCCGCCUGGUCCGCCAGGUCCAAUGGGUCCACAGGGGUACAGUAGGCCAGGUCCUCCAGGUCAGCCUGGAUCCCCUGGUCUAAAUGGAGCAGAGGGUAAAAGAGGUAAUCCUGGCAUCCCUGGUGAGCCUGGGGUGUGUGAUCCAUCCAUGUGCUAUGGUAGCAUGAUGAGGCGGGAUCCUUACAGCAAAGGGCCAAACUAUUGACGUAAUGCAGCGUCACUGCAGGCACCAGUCUGGAGCUGAUGUGGAACAAACAGCCAUUCUCAGGAAGAUCUCAUCUAUACAGUUUUUCUCUAUUGUGGAAACAAAACGGACCUCUUCUAACACCCUUCAUGUGAUCUUAGACAGUCAAUAGAACUAGAUCCCAUCACAUUUUCUCCAUUGGUUUGUAUUAUUAUUCACGUCUUUGAAUAUUCAUUGAUGUUUUAGUGCUGAAAGAAUUAAUAAUUGGUUCCAUUUAAUGUCUCUCAUUUGAGCACCUUGAACUCAUGUACUAAAUGUAUCUCUGGAGCUCUCUCGUGCUGGUAUAUUUCCCCCAUAUUGCCCCCUGGUGUUGUUUUGUUGCAUGUUGCUCUCAAAAUUUUCACUGCACAUUGGUUGGUUGCUAUAUGUUCCAUUAAAAAGACAAAAACACAUAAAUUCCAUGUUCAGUGAUCAUAAAUGAUGUCUGAAAUUGGCAUGUUUCAGCACAAGACUGUGAGUUUGAUUUCCUGUAGCUGAUUAUGAGGUGCUGUAAGCCUGUGUUCCUAAAGCCUUCAGUUUGACUGUUAAGCACUUAACUCUUUAUGAAAACCUUUUAUGACUGCUAAUAUUCUGUAUCACCCAAGAUAAAUUAACCCCCCCACCCCCAGCCCCCCAAUCACAAUACCCAUACAUUCUUUAUUUUAUUCCAAUUGGGAAGUAAAAUGUUUUCACUUUACAUCUAUGAACAUGCUGACAUUUUAGAUUGUAUGUCAUUCAUGUUCCCAAGGCUUACCUUUCAUUACUGUAGGUAUUUUAUUGUUAUUUAUAAAAGAGUCAAACUGUGUAUUUCAGCAGUGACAUGUCGUAAACAGCUUUUGUAAUUUUAUUAUUUUGUGUUAUUAUUUUGUAUGACUCUUUUUUUUUUACUAGAAUUAAAAUAUCUUAAUGAUUUGUGAA